AUGCUCCUGAUAGUUGCACCGUUCUGCGAUGUGCCACGCGAAGGAGAUCGUGCUAUACACUCGGAUGCUCUUAUGAUUUUGUUUUGUGGAAUUGUGGGCAAGGAUCUACGGAGCAAGUACAUCAAGUUCUUCAACACCACCAUUCGAUAUUUGACCUUGCAAGCUCUUCUGGAGUUCACUGGCAGAGCGGCUCUCAUGUCGCUGGACCACCCGGCUCAGUGCAUGGAUGGUGGCAUAUUGGUGGAUGCAAUCGUCACCGCUCUCUCCGAUUCAACCAAAGAUUUCUGCCAGUCGGCUAUCGUAGGACUGCGCCACAUUAAUGACGUGUGUCGAGUAGUGAUACCGGAUUUGGAAGUGAUGCCACGAAUACCAUUUGUGCGCUAUUUAAUAGAGAGUGUGAGCUCACUGUGCUAUGCUUCAUCAUGGUUUGUAAGAUUGGGAGGAGCUAGUGGUCUGAUGUAUUUCAUAGAAAAUUAUCCGGAUUCCGUGGUUCUCACCAAUAUGAGUGGAUUUAUCGAGAGCUUGAUCGAGGUAGUUUUGACUAACACCUUCAGUUUCUCAUUGCGGUUCACCAAAUCGAUGUCACAGGUUCUUGUUGGUAUGACAGAUCAAGUCUCUUGCGGUGCCGUGGAUAUGGCGGUUGGAGCUAUUGAGAAAUUGCAGAAGCGAUGUCUUGCUGGUUGUUUGGUCAACGAUCCGAAAGUUUCCAUUUUCAUGAACUGCGUUGCUGGUCACUUGUUUAGCGGAAAUCAACACGUGCGACAGAAGACCUUGGCCAUGAUGAAUACGUGUGCAGAAGUGUUGACUAUAUCACUGUCUUCAUUACUGUGCAGCUAUCGAGAAGUGCUUUUGGAACAAAUAGAGCGUGCCAUGAAUGAAUUCAAUGUGUUAGCUCUGCUUGACCGUUGUGGAUGUUUGGAGGCUCUGUGUACAAUCUUCACUUGCCAGCCACCUCUCGUUGACAUUUCAAUUGAGUCGGACAGAAUUCAAAACUUCGCCAAGGAGCUUAUUGCUGUGUGCCAGAUGCCUGUCAGUGAAAUGCUUGAACUUGAACUAUUCAAAUCCAUGGACGGUUGCCCUGCACAUUUCCUUCCACCGUACACUGUCAGCGAAAAGGCUGAAUACUACAAAAUCCUGGCCAUCAAAGCUCUCGUGACUUUGUACAAAGCGCUAAUAGUGCACUCUGAGAGCGCUGACUUCCAAAAGAUGGACACGUCAUCGUCUGCCACAACUACGAAAGAACUUGAUGUAACGCUAGAGAAGAUCGCUUGUGUCACCAUCGGAACGAUCCUCUGUCCAAUUCCGGCUGUAGUGAAGGCCGCUGAAGAAGCACUCAUGCAGAUUUCCCCAGUCGACGCGAAAUGUGUGCAAAUUGUGGGAGAACCGGUGUUCGAACUGUUUCGUGAGUCGGAAAACGAAAAUCGCAACGCUGGGACAGUCGCUCAAUUAUAUCGUCUCAUUCGUUUGAAUACUUCACUUUUCGACAUAACUUUGGCGACGAAUCUCGUUAGCUACAUUUGCGGCCACGUUACUCGAUUCCCUCUUGAAUCAUCUCCUGCAUCAGCUGCACAACUUGACGGUCAGGAUGUGGAAGCAAUCACACAGACAGUUCGUCUGUUACUUCUUGUUGAAGACCCGUCUGGGUCCAAACUAGCCACGGAUAUCACCGCUUUCAUAGCCUAUUUCGACCAUCACUACUGCACAAGUGCAUAUGAUGCAUGGAUUCCGCCUCUGGCUACUUUGCUGUCGCGCUACGCUCGAGAGUCAUUGGCGUUCUUCUUGUCCGAAGAGUCUCUUUCGAUGUCAUGUCGAAGAGCUCUAUUAAGAAAGCUUAUUAAAGACGAGGAAUGCUCUCCAAUACGGGCCCUACUCAUGCAGGAUUCGUCAUAUUUUGUGAACUUGCUGGAAAACAGAGUCAUGGACGUUUCUGGUGAGUGGAGGGAACCGUCUCCUGCACAACAGAACGAAUCGGGAAUUAUGGAGCGUGAAAUGCUUUGCCUGCACAUAAUUGAUGCUGUUUCGCGAAGAAACGUUCAAUGGUUUGCCGGUGCCAAAGAUCUGGUAAUCAAACUGAGACAGUUGUGGAACAAUGCUGAUUUCAAGGGACGUUAUGUCGUUCAUGCGCCGUGUAAUAAAGAUUUAUUGGAACUGACGAUCAAAGCGAUGACAGAACACAAGUAUAAGGUUCCAAGACUCCUUGUGAACUGUUUCAUUCGACACUACAGACACAACAAUAAUGAUCUUGAUUUGCUUUGCGACAUACUGUUUGUGUUCAUAGGAAGAUAUGUCACAGACUUCUCUUUUGUUCGCGAAUUCCUUGAAAGAGAAGUGAUACCGACAUAUUCCAUGGAGUGGCGACGAAAACUGUUCUCAUACGUGUUGGGAAAGUUUGAAGCUGGCGGCUCGACUGUAAUAAAAGAUCUUUUGUACGUGAAAAUCGUACAGUAUGUGCUGAUACCUAGUCUACAAUGGGCUUUUGAGCGCUAUAACGUCGAUGAGAUUCUCGGCGAAAUACAAAAUCCAUCUGAGCAACCGGAAAAUGAUCCUAAUGAUUUGGUGUAUCGUCUGGCACAUAUAAUCGAUCAAAACCGACAAGUCAUGAGCGAUGGUAUUGUAAUAGUUUUGUAUCAGCUCUGCACACUCCUUGUAAAGCAUGCACCACGGCAUGUUCAUAAUAAUGAUUCUAAGAAACAUGGAUGGCGACUACGCGUCUUCAUGCUGUUCGCAUGGUCAUGCCUCACUCCAACGAACAGACAAGACGCUACACUUCGUUACACUGGCUUCUUGUUCAUUUCGCAUAUCGUCCAGAAAUUCACGAUAAACAGGAAGAUUGUCCUGCAGGUAUUCCAAGCGCUGUGCGGCUCAUUCCAAUAUGACAGUCGCGAGCUCGUCCGCCGUGCAGCCGACGUGGUCACUGCAGCGAUGCCGAUUCGUAUGGACGAUGGGCACCAUCAAAUGUUCAUCAAUGUGAAACGCGUUCUCUGCGAAGAAGCUCAUAGUCUACAGCAUAUCCAACACAUAGUGUAUGCU